CAAGAAACAACAUAAACUUUGAUACAAACAAGAAAGUGCAGUACAGAAAAAAGUAAAUUAUUUACGAAAUGGACAUAAUAAAAGCUGAAAUCGCUAGAAAGCGAAAAUUACUUGAGGAAAAGCAGCUUGUGGAUGAUAAGAAAAAAUACUUCAAACGUGGUGAACUAAUUGCCAAGAAUACAGAAGAAAUCCUACAAAAAGUUGGUUAUAAAAAACAAGAAAGUCGCGAGGAAGACCAAGUACCCGAAGGACACUACAGCUAUGUCUCGGACGGACAAAAUAUUCUACCGCGCUCUGAAGUCAUACGUCGUUUACGCGAACGUGGCGAACCUAUACUUAUAUUUGGUGAAACAGAAUCAGAUGCGUUCCAUCGCCUGCGCCAAUGCGAGAUCUCCCAGCCUGAAACUAAUCGUGGAUUCCGUAACGAUUUCCAGGAAGCAAUGGAACAGGUAGAUCAAGCAUACCUACAAGAAAUGUUCGCCAAUACACCCACCGCUAAAGAAGAACAAAAAUCCGAUCUUGCCGAAUUGGAUGAAACGGUCACUUGGGAUAGCAUAAAAGAGAGUGCCAUUAAGAUGGGUCGUGGAAACAAAGAAUACGACAUGGAUGUGAUAAUAACGUUGCUAACGUUUUUAUUAAAAAUGUGGAAUGAUCAAAUCGCUUCGUACUCAAAGCAGGAAAUAAUGUCAACUAAAACUAAAAUGGCACGUGUAAUUUUCACACAGACGCGUGAAUAUGUGAAGCCAUUAUUUCGUAAGCUUAAGCAUCAUACCCUGCCCGAAGACAUAUUAGAUAGUUUACGUGAUAUUUGUAAGCGUCUAUUGAAUCGCGAUUACAUCACAGCGAGUGAUGCUUACCUAGAGAUGGCCAUAGGCAAUGCACCCUGGCCUAUUGGUGUCACUAUGGUGGGUAUUCACGCACGUACGGGACGUGAGAAAAUUUUCUCCAAGAACGUAGCACAUGUAAUGAAUGACGAAACACAAAGAAAGUAUAUACAAGGCUUGAAACGAUUGAUGACGAAAUGCCAAGAGUACUUUCCAACUGAUCCCUCGAAAUGUGUAGAGUAUGUCAGCAAAAAGGAUCGCAUAUAAACAAGUUUGAAAAUACUUUGACACUCACAAAUGUUUAUUUAAUUUGCUAAAACGUAAGAUUAGUUGUAAAUUUGAAAAAUACAAUCAAUAAAGGCUUGCAAAUAUGCAAUAUUAUUUUUAACUAAAA